UCUGUCGUCUCAAGUUUUUCGAUUUUGUCUUUUUUCCACGACGUGCGCAACGCCACUGCCACUGCCACCUUUACUUAUGUGCUUUUCGAUAUCAUUAGACGUAACCAACCAACUCGAAUCUUUUACACUAGAACAACACACACACCUAUCCGUACCUUACCUUACCUUGCCUUACCUUAGACGCACAAACAUACCAUACACAAACACAUAUAUACAUAUACAGACGCACCCACGCAUCUCUGUCCAUACGCACACCACCAUCAAGCCUACAACCUCCUUUUUAUCAUUAUUGCUCUUGCGCCCCCCUCGUCCGCUUCUCUCCUUCUUGUCCUUCCUCUCCUCCCUCUUCCUCCUCCUCUUCCCACCCCUCCGACUGGUCUCCCCGCCUCUGCCAUCUGACCUCAACAACAUUGGCUGCCCUGAUAUCCGUAAUUUGUACCUAAUCAAGGCCAUUCGUCUGCCAUCUUCGUUCGGCGCCCUCCCCAAAGUCUUUCCCACCAACUACCCCGGUUGGACCUUCGCCCCCCUCGAACCCCCCCCCCCUGCCGAGCUUCGCCCGCAUCCAUCCCGCUGCACCGUGGUUUACACUAAACUCGCGCAAUCCUGGUGCUGCAACUCUCAGUUCCAGGGGGCCAGGGCAAAGCCGCAAAUCACCCCUAACUCGACGGGAACCUGGACACCAGACGUCAACCCCGCCGUCCGUCACCCUCGCUGUCCUUGUCGUCCCUGCCCGUCAGAGGUACCUCUUCCCGCCUUGCCGCUGAGCGCCCAGUGCACCACCACCACAACCACGACCUCGAACCCCUCUGCCCCCAAACUUGUCAACCUGCGCUGCUCAUAAUAUCCUUUUCUUUCCGACGACACAACACCGCACACAAACGCACAACCACACGACCGACCGCCUCUGCCACCGAAUCCCUCCCCCUUCCCUUCACCAUGGCCGAGAAACCCUCAGUCCUGAUCAUCGGGGGGCUAGGCUACAUCGGUCGCUUCCUGGCCCGCUACAUCCACGACAAUGACCUCGCAUCAGAGGUCCGCGUUGUCGACAAGGCCUUGCCCCAACUCGCAUGGCUUGCUCCCGAAUUCCAGGACGCCUGCGCCGGCAGCAAAUUCAUG